UACUUUCACAUCACAAUCGGCUCUAUUAUGAUCAAGGAGGCAGCCUGAAAAGGGGGAUGGAAAGCUGGGGCUGAUGGAAGAAUUUUGUGGAGGAGUUGUAACAAGGACUACCCUGUGAGGUCGGCCAGGCUGAGACAGAGUGACUGGCCCAAAGUCACCCACUGGACUCAGCAUAGAGUCCAGAACUCUUGUCACGAUGCUGCACUACUCUGACAUUCCUUUUGUCCAGUGCUUUAAUGUAUACUAAAAAGAUAUUCUUGUACUCAAACUACACAGUCUCCCAAACGUUGAUGCCUCAAACAGGAGUACUGAACAGUCAGAAAGGAUGUGGGGUCUAGGACACAGAUCUUACAAUUGUGAGAGAUGCGGGAAUGACUUUAUCAGCCGUGCGGCGUUGAGAUACCAUUUUCAAGCCAAACAUCUUGGGAAAGAUGGCACUGAAUUUUUAAGAAAGAACAUUGUGCCAGAGAGUUUGUCACAUCAUGCAAAGACUGACCAUGAAAUAACACAGAUGGAAAACCUAUGGUGUGGCUGGACUAUGGCUCUUAAGAGGAAAACAAAAUCUGGAACUGUGGGAGUAUCUACAUCGUGCAGAAUGUGCAACAGGCAAUUUGGGACAGUCCAUGCUAGAGAAAACCAUGAGAAACAAGAGCAUCACUUCACUGCCAGCAAAAGAGCACAAAUGUCCAUUGGAUUUAAACCUGAAAGCAUCUUAGAAUAUAAAACACCAAUGGAAAUCAAUAAUUUUAUGGAAGCAAAUCUCCGACCCACCCAAGGCCCUGUAAGAUUAGGCUGUGCAUCAGAAGUUGAAGGAAUUAUUGGCUCAAUCAAAGAAGAGUUUCCAUUGCCAAUAACUUGCAUCAUUAAGGGUGGCUCAUACAUAAAAGGAACAGACAUACAAGAGUGGUCUGACGUGGACAUGAUUCUUUUUAGCAGUGCCUUUAGAGAUUUAGAGGAUUGCCAAAAGAAAAUUACAGAGAUACUAGAAGAAUUAGGAAGAAAACUGAUGAAAUCUUCAUGGGCCAACAGGCUAAUUUUGCAGAAAAGGACCCCAUUUUCAUUAAAAUUCUAUUUCAAGUGUUAUAAAGAUCAACAUGGCCAUUCACUUGAUAUUAUGCUUUGUUAUGAUAUACUUUGGUUUGCAGUAUUUCCAGGUUUAAAAGAGAGCUUUUACCGCCAGCUCUACCUCUGCAGUGACAAUGAUAAAGUCCAGCUGUACACAAUGGCUCUGUUGAAAUACCAGGUUGAAUUUGUCAAGGUAUCCACAGAGAGGGUGAAGGGUCUUAUACGUUUAAUAAAGUACUGGUUCAAAACUUCCUUUGCAAAACCAACAGAGGAAAAUAAGCCAUUUAUCCUGGAUCCGGUUAACCCAACUUUUAAUGUGUGCGACAGCAGCAAUGCCUGGGAUGAAGUUGCUUAUGUGGCCAAACAAAGUCUCCGUAAGCCGCUCUUCAAGGGAAUGCAAGCAAAGGAGCCAUGGCUUUUUACAAAUAACUGGUGAAACCGGAACCGCAGCUCUUGUCCAGCUUUCCUGGUCUCUUCCAGUUCUCGAAGUGCCACUUGCAGCUCUCGUGAAAUAAUGCCUGGAGAGUCUUGUUCCUUCAUAAGCCAGUCCAGAGCCAUGUGACUUCGCAUCCUUUCAUCCAAG